AUGGAGGCGGCUGGAGCAUUGGCGAGCUUGGCACCAUCGCCUAUCACCGUGCUAGGUCUGAUACCACUCCUGGCUCUCGGGAUUACGUAUUUCAGAUAUCAGCAAUUCGAUCCAGAAUCUUACAUAGCAGAUUUAAACACUAUUAUGCCGAUCUACGACUUCGUGAUUGUGGGCGGAGGUUCAGCAGGCGCUGUGGUCGCAUCUCGACUGUCAGAAGUUGGCAACUGGACAGUAUUACUACUGGAGGCUGGCCAAGAUGAAAACGAAAUUUCUGAUAUCCCUGCAUUGGCCGGCUACACACAGCUCUCUGAGAUGGACUGGAAAUUUCAAACAACGCCCUCUCACAACCGCUCAUAUUGUUUAGCUAUGAACGGCGAUCGCUGCAACUGGCCUCGAGGCAAAGUCCUCGGCGGUUCCAGCGUACUCAAUGCUAUGGUGUAUGUAAGAGGAAACAGAAACGACUAUGAUCUUUGGGAAGCUCUCGGAAACCAAGGCUGGUCGUACGAUCAAGUACUACCAUAUUUUCUUAAGUCAGAGGACAAUCGAAAUCCGUACUUAGCAGACACUCCUUACCAUGGCACUGGCGGAUAUCUAACUGUACAGGAGGCUCCGUGGCGUACACCACUAUCAGUGACUUUUUUAAAAGGCGGUAUGGAACUGGGUUACGAAUUUCGCGAUAUUAACGGCGCGAAACAAACCGGUUUCAUGUUGACCCAAGCGACUAUGCGCCGUGGGAGUAGGUGCAGUACGGCCAAAGCUUUUAUCAGACCGGUUCGUCAUAGAGAGAACUUACACGUCGCUUUAGGUUCGCAAGUCACGAGACUGUUGAUCAACCCCGUCAAAAAGCAAGCAUACGGAGUUGAAUUCUUCCGCAAUGGCGAACGUCAUAAAGUCAGAAUUAAGCGAGAAGUCAUUAUGUCUGCCGGUGCCCUCGCAAGUCCUCAAAUACUCAUGCUUAGCGGGAUCGGGCCGGCGGAACAUUUGAAGGAACACAACAUCCCUGUUGUAGCUAAUUUAAAGGUUGGGCACAACUUGCAAGACCACGUCGGCUUAGGCGGUUUAACAUUCGUCGUCAAUAAGCCUGUUACAUUUAAAAAAGACAGAUUCCAAUCUCUCUCCGUCGCCAUGGACUACAUUUUACAUGAAAAGGGACCAAUGACCACACAAGGUGUGGAGGGAUUAGCCUUCGUCAAUACAAAAUACGCUCCUACUUCCGGUAAUUGGCCCGAUAUACAAUUUCACUUUGCACCAAGUUCAGUGAACUCAGACGGCGGCGAGCAAAUACGGAAAAUUCUCAACAUACGUGAUAGAGUGUACAAUACAGUGUACAAGCCGAUAGAAAGCGCUGAAACCUGGACGAUACUUCCACUACUAUUGCGUCCAAAAAGCACUGGAUGGAUAAAACUGAAAAGCCGUAACCCAUUCCAACCUCCCUCGAUUGAGCCUAAUUACUUCGCUUAUAAGGAGGACAUACAAGUUUUAACAGAAGGCAUUAAGAUCGCCUUUGCCCUGUCAAACACAACAGCGUUCCAGCGCUACGGGUCACGACCCCAUACAAUUCCUCUGCCUGGGUGCCAACACCACCCCCUAUUCAGCGAUGAAUAUUGGGAGUGCUGCUUAAAACAUUUCACAUUCACAAUAUACCAUCCAACCAGUACGUGUAAAAUGGGCCCGAAGUAUGACCAAAGUGCGGUAGUUGAUGCGAGGUUACGUGUCCAUGGGGUUGCCAAUUUAAGAGUGGUGGACGCAAGCAUCAUGCCCACAAUUAUAAGUGGCAACCCCAAUGCUCCAGUGAUUAUGAUAGCUGAGAAAGCGUCAGAUAUGAUCAAAGAAGACUGGCUUGUGUUAUGA